ACCUAUACGGCAGUUGGCACAGGAGCAGUUCUUCUUAAUGUGUACCAGAUGUUGCAUGGGACAUAAACCUCUGAUGUUCUUCAUUACUCUACUCUUUACCAUUCUGGGGAGUGUCACAACAGAAAGGGGGAAAUAUUCAGAAGAAUACUUCACACUUUUGAGGCGUCUUCUCACUCAUGCUUACAACUGCAGUGUUCUUGUACCCAAUGCUGAUGUUCUUCUUAGUGAUGAAAUUGACUGGCUCAAAAGGGUUAGGGAUUGUGUUAAAGACUCAGGUGAAGCAGGUGUUGAAGAUCCGAUCUUGGAAGGCCAUCUUGGAGUAACAAAAGAGUUACUAGCCUUUCAAACUCCAGAGAAAAAAUACCAUAUUGGUUGUGAAAAAGGAGGUACUAAUCUUGUUAAAGAACUAAUUGAUGAUUUCAUCUUUCCUGCAUCUAAAGCUUACCUCCAAUAUAUGAGUAGUGGAGAACUGCCAGCCAAGCAAGCUGUUCCAGUCUGUGGUUCACCAACUACAGUUAAUGCUGGGUUUGAACUACUCGUAGCCUUGGCUUUUGGCUGUGUAAGGAAUCUUAAUCAGAUAGUAAACUGUUUGACUGAAAUGUAUUAUUUAAGCACAACAAGAACAACUUGUGAAGCACUUACUGAGUGGGAAUAUCUACCACCUGUUGGACCGCGCCCACCAAAAGGAUUUGUGGGACUCAAAAAUGCUGGUGCUACUUGUUAUAUGAACUCAGUGAUCCAGCAACUAUACAUGAUUCCUCUUAUCAGGAAUAGUAUUCUUUCAAUUGAAAACAUAGGGAGUAAUAUAAAUGAUGAUACAUUCAAGGAUGAAAAGCAGGACAGUAAGAGUCAUGUUGAUCCCAGAGAUAUAUUUGGAUAUCCUCAUCAGUUUGAAGACAAACCCACAUUAAGUAAAGUAGAAGAUAGAAAAGAGUACAACAUUGGUGUUUUAAAACACCUUCAGAUAAUCUUUGGACAUUUAGCUUCUUCUCAACUACAAUACUAUGUGCCCAGAGGAUUCUGGCAACAAUUCAGGCUUUGGGGUGAACCUAUUAAUCUUCAUGAACAACAUGAUGCAUUAGAGUUUUUUAAUUCUUUGGUGGAUAGUUUAGAUGAAGCUUUUAAAGCUUUAGGACAUCCAACCAUGAUAAGUAAUGUCCUUGGAGGAUCCUUUGCUGAUCAGAAGAUUUGCCAAGGAUGCCCACAUAAGUAUGAGUGUGAAGAAUCUUUUACAACUCUGAAUGUAGACAUUAGAAAUCACCAAAAUCUUCUUGAUUCUUUGGAACAGUAUAUCAAGGGAGAUUUAUUAGAAGGUGCAAAUGCAUAUCAUUGUGAAAAAUGUGAUAAAAAGGUUGAUACAGUAAAGCGCCUACUGAUUAAAAAACUCCCUACUGUUCUUGCUAUCCAACUGAAACGAUUUGACUAUGACUGGGAAAGAGAAUGUGCAAUCAAAUUCAAUGAUUACUUUGAAUUCCCAAGAGAACUGGAUAUGGAACCUUACACAGUAGCAGGCGUCACAAGACUGGAAGCUGAUAGUGUAAAUCCAUUGACUCAUUUAAUUCAGCAGAAUGAGCAAUGUGAAAGUGUGAUAGCAGGAAGCACAAAGUAUAGACUUGUUGGUGUCCUUGUUCACAGUGGUCAAGCAAAUGGUGGACAUUAUUAUUCUUACAUCAUUCAAAGAAAUAGUAAAGACAGUGAGAGGGGUCGCUGGUUCAAAUUUGAUGACGGGGACGUGACAGAGUGUAAGAUGGAUGAUGACGAAGAAAUGAAAAAUCAGUGCUUUGGUGGAGAGUACAUGGGAGAAGUGUUUGACCAUAUUAUGAAACGCAUUUCAUACAGGCGUCAGAAAAGGUGGUGGAAUGCGUAUAUUCUGUUUUAUGAACAGAUUAGUACAACUGAUGAAGACAAGAUGGUAACACCUAUAUCAAAGCUAACAGUCACAAGACCUCAUCAGAUUAUGUCACCAGCCAUUCAGAGAAAUGUAUGGAAACAAAAUGUGCAAUUCCUGCAUAAUCAAAUGCAGUAUAGCUUAGAAUAUUUUCAGUUCAUUAAGAAACUGCUUACCUGUAAUGCUGUGUACUUAAACCCUGCUCCAGGACAAGAUCAUUUGCCACCUGAAGCGGAAGAUAUUACAAUGAUUAGCAUUCAGCUAGCUGCUAGAUUCCUUUUUACAACUGGAUUUCAUACUAAGAAAAUAGUCCGUGGCCCUGCUGAUGACUGGUGCGAUGUGCUGUGUAUUCUUCUCCGUCACAGCAAGAAUGUACGAUUUUGGUUUGCUCACAAUGUCCUAUUUAAUGUAUCAAAUCGUUUUUCUGAGUAUCUCCUGGAAUGUCCAAGUGCAGAAGUGAGAGGUACAUUUGCAAAGCUUAUCGUAUCCAUUGCACAUUUUUCUUUGCAAGAUGGAUCUUAUCCUUCACCCUUUUUAUCACCUUUUGCAAGUCCAGCACCUUGUGGUCAGAUAUGUGAUAAUUUGAACUUGAGUGAUCAUUUACUAAAAGCUGUAUUAAAUCUCUUGAGAAGGGAAGUUUCUGAACAUGGGCGACAUUUACAGCAAUACUUCAGUUUAUUUGUAAUGUAUGCCAGUUUAGGUUUGGCAGAAAAAGCUCAGCUUCUAAAACUAAAUGUACCUGCUAUCUUUAUGCUUGUGUCUUUGGAUGAAGGGCCAGGUCCUCCAAUUAAAUACCAGUAUGCUGAGUUAGGUAAGUUAUACUCAGUAGUAUCUCAACUGAUACGAUGUUGCAGUGUCUCAUCAAGAAUGCAGUCUUCAAUCAGUGGUAAUUCCCCUCUUCCAAAUCCUUUUGGUGACCCAAAUUUGUCACAGCCCAUAAUGCCAAUUCAGCAGAAUGUGGAUGACAUUUUAUUUGUAAGAACCACUUAUGUGAAGAAAAUUAUUGAAAACUACAGCAACUCAGAGGAAACAGUCAAGUUACUUUGCUUCUGCUGCUGGGAGAAUCCCCAAUUCUCAUCUUCUGUUCUCAGCGAACUGCUUUGGCAGAUUGCAUAUUCAUAUACAUAUGAACUUCGGCAACAUUUGGAUCUACUCUUGCAAAUUAUUCUGAUGGAGGAUUCCUGGCAAACUCAUAGAAUUCAUAAAGCACUUAAAGGAAUUCCAAAUGAUCGAGAUGGGCUGUUUGAUACAAUUCAGCGUUGUAAGAAUCACUACCAAAAAAGAGCAUAUCAGUGUAUUAAAUGCAUGGUAACUCUCUUUAACAGUUGUCCUGUUGCCUACCAAAUCUUACAGGGUAAUGGAGAUCUUAAAAAGGAAUGGACUAGGGCAGUUGAAUGGCUCGGAGAUGAACUUGAAAGAAGAACAUAUUCUUGUAAUCCUCACUGCACUUACAGCAAUUCUUCUCCUCCAAUACAAAGCAAUGAAACAUCAGACGGUUAUUUUUUAGAGAGAUCUCAUAGUGCAAAAAUGACACUUGCAAAAGCCUGUGACCUGUUGCCAGAAAAGAAUUAUGUACCUGAACAGCCAUAUUCAAAUCGAGGAGCACAUCUCUUGAAUAACCCUCAGAAAAACGAUGAACCACAAGAAACUUAUGAAAGCAAUGAAGAAGUAUCUUCACCCCUAACAAAGGAUCAGUGACACACAAAUAAAUAACUGGUUUGUUGUGUCAGUGCAUUUUGGCCUUAUAUGCAGAGCUUUUUCUGUGCCUGCUUAGUAUUUAAAAGUAUAAAAAGAGAUUCCAAAUAAACAUGGAGUUGGAAGUAUUUGUUGUGUUUAUUGUGAUUAUAUAAAUCACCUACUGUGGAAUAUGUAUAGUGUUUUAUGAUGAA